AUGGUUGUAGAACCCAGCAGCAGCUCAGGCUCAGGCAUGGCCGAUAUUCCCGUCAAGGCUAAUUUGCCCCGAAAAAGUGCCUUUUCAUGUGAGGCCUGUCGGAAGCGUAAGGUGAAAUGCAAUGGUGCUAGUCCAUCAUGUUCUCGCUGUGCCGCACGAGGCGAAACUUGCGUCUAUAGCUUAGCCCCUACAUUAUCCUAUACAAAACAGUUGGAAUCCCGAGUCGCACAGUUGGAAGAGGCUCUGGCCAAGUUCCGCUCGCAGCAACCGUCCGACACUGAGCUGCGGAAAGCAACCUCGCCUGUAUCAACGGGCGGCGGCUCCAGUGCCAGUCCCAGCGUGCGUCAACGGACAAUAAAGGAAGAAGAAGAAGGCAGUGAACAAGAUCUAUCUCAAGACUUUGAAGGCUUGAAGGUCGAAACUGAUGGCCGUAUUUCCUUCCAUGGCCCGACCAGUCUGUUCCAACUGCCCAGUGGCGUCCCAGAAGCGUCGUCGGUGUUCCCUCUGGGUAUGGAGCUGGGGGCUAGGAAGGAACGGUUGAUUAACAAUGCGUGGCGGGAGAGGGCAUUUGAGCAGCUGGCUGCCAUGCCGGAGCCUUUCCAGUAUUUGUUAGAUUCCCACUGGUGUUGGAUCCAGCCUCUAUUUAAUUUUGUCUAUCGUCCUGCCUUUACUCGUGACAUGAAAAUUAAUGGACCCUAUUACUCCGAUAUCCUCCUGAAUGCCCUCAUCUCCCACUCGGUCCGAUGGUGUAAGGCUGAACCGAAGAUCGGCCCGAUCUUGGAGUCAUUCGAUGGCGGUGCACAAUUCUUCCAUCGCGCCAUCUCAAGUGUCCACGACUCCUUGAAAGUCGGAUAUGCGGGCAUCCCGACGAUUCAAACGUUGCUACUUUUGAGCGCACAAGAAUGUGGACGGGGCAAUAGAACUCAGGCCUGGUUGUAUAGCGGCAUGGCGUUCCGAUUGCUAGACGAUUUGGGAAUCUCGAUCGACAGUCGAAAAUACUCUGGUUCCGCGCAGCUGAAUGACGAGGAUAUUGAGAUCCGAAACCGUCUGUUCUGGAGUUGUUAUUUCUGGGAUAAGAUGGUGUCUCUGUAUUUCGGCCGGUCUCCAACGAUGCAACACUCGCGUGUUAGCCCGCCUAGGAUGAUCUGUAAGUCGACGACCCGAAUCUUGGUUUGCCUUGUCUCUAACAGAUGGAUAGUGGACGACACUUCAGAAAUCGAGAUUUGGACACCGCAUGGUGUCAUCUUCCCAGAGGGCAUGCAAUAUCCACCGACCCAAGCGCAUUCGACAUCAUGUUUCAUGAAAAUGUGCGGAUUAGCUGAAAUCCUCAACCAGAUCCUGAUCCACAUCUACGAUCCUAUCCGCCAGAUCUCUGAGGCAGAGUUCUACCAAUGCAUCCAGGAGCAAGCGAAGAACCUGGCUGAUUGGUGGGAGGAUCUGCCUCCUUAUUUGAAAUUGGUGCCAUCUGAUCUGCCGCCGUACAGUCCUCCAAGUCAUAUGGUGAUUCUCAACUGUUUAUACCACACGAUUAACAUCUUACUUCACCGUCCGGUCCUCUGCUCCAAGACGACCAGAGAAUCCUAUGACCAGAGCCAUCUAAUUCAGUGUAUGUCGUCUGCGAUCGCGACUCUCUCGCUAUUCGACUUGUACCGUCGUACCUUUGGCGAUGCGCAUGUGGUUCUCUCGCUCGCCUACAGUGUCUAUACAGCAGCGUCGAUAUUUUUGUUGGAAAUCCAGGCAUUGAAAUACGCCGCACCGGGCACCUUGGACAAACUGAAGUUCUGCAUCAAUGCCCUAGAACGUGUCCGGGUUGCCAAUCCUGUAAUCAACACGGCUCUAGGCCUUAUCUACCAAGAACUCCAGAAACUCCAGAUCGACGUCCCGGUCCCAGUCCCAGCCCCGACACCAACAACCCCAGACCCACAAUCCCAACCUCGGCAUCACAGCCACUCCCCUCAACCCCAGGGUCCUCAUCUACCCGCGAUGGGUCACAUCUUAAACCCCAGCGACACUGAUUCGGGUCACGUGUCCCCCGUCCACCAUCCGCACCACUCGCAUCAUUCAAGCCACCCAUCUUCAUCCAUGGGUACACCCGGGUCCACAGCAUCCGCGUCUAUGCUCCAGGGCUAUAGCUUCCCGCAACAGACGCAGACGGGCUUCGACCUCUCCUCUCACCACCAAUCACACCAGCCACAUCAUCACCAUCACUCGUCUACGGGAGGGCUGCCGCCGCUGGGGGCGACGCAUUUACUGGGCGGGAUGCCGAAUGCUGUAAUGACGUUGGAUAAUACGGGGACUUAUGAGAUUACGCCGGAGGUUUUUGAGGCGUUUUCAUAUGCAGAGCCUAUUACGACGAAUAUGCCUGGCUUUGGUUGA